AUGGCCGCCCUCGACUCCACAGCGCAGCCGGGCGCGGGCUGGGACGAAGCGCAAUGCACAGCAGCCCUCGCGCAGCUGGAACAGCUACAGGCGCAGAUUGAUGAUCUUCGUCUCGCUAUCCCACGAAUCAUCGAGCCCUUCCAACGCCCUCCCAAUCCCUCGACGUUCAAACUAUAUUCUCAGGGCGUUAUCGGCUCUCAAAACGGCAUCAAAAGCCUCUCCGAGCAAUGGAAGUCCCCAGAGAUACAGGGAAUGUAUGACCACGUGAGAGAGAGCUUGGCUGCCAAUGCAGAUCUGGCUGCAAGCGCCUCGCUGCCAUCGCAUGGCUGGGUUGAAAGAGAGCGGAGGGAGCGCGAGGCGAAAAAGGGACAAGCGAAGAGGAUUGAGGCUGUUGAGGAAGUCGGGGCUGUGCUUACGGAUGAGGAAAUUUCACAGAUCGUUGUAGAGUUCCGCAAGGCGCACCCGAAUAUUAGGAUGGACACGCAGGAUGAUAAUCGCAGCAUCUUAGUGCAAUUCGUGUCUGCUUCCACAAAGUACCGGUUUCGUAUCACUAUCGAGUGCGACGGCAAUGGGCGACACAAACUCAACGCAGCAUGUCUGGGCACAACGGAGCCAUUCCUGGCCAUCACAAGAUGCAUUGCGUCACGGCCGAAUACAAACGAUUUGAAGCAUUUGUUGAACAUGAUUGCAAGUUACAAAAGCAUAAAAGGAACGCCGUGUGUCAAGUGUAAAAAAUUACUGGAUAGUGCUGCGCUUACAACCACCGCAAGGCGCUGCAUGCAAGUUGGUACGAACGAGACGCUGAAGGUAGAGUGGGCAGCUUUACAUGAGAGCUGCCUUGGAUGA